AUGGCAUCUGUAACCAAGAAUCUAUCGUUUGCAAUUACUACUUCUACGUCUUAUGAGGCACCGUAUGUUGUUGCAAAGCGUUUUUCAACCUUGGAUCAUUUGACCCAGGGUCGCUUCGGAUGGAAUAUUGUGACCUCUUGGAAGGCAUCUGCAUCGAAAGCUCUGGGACUCCCUCUCGUCGAGCACGAUAAACGCUAUGAAAUUGCCGACGAAUAUUUGCGAGUAUUAUAUAAACUUUGGGAAGGGAGUUGGGCAAAUGAUGCUCUGAAAGAAGAUGUAGAGACAGCUGAAUAUGCUAAUCCGGAUCGUAUCAAGUACGUGCAUCACCAUGGAGAUAAUUUCAAUAUUGAUGGGAUACAUAUUUUGGACCCAUCUCCACAGAGAACACCAUUCCUUUUUCAAGCCGGGACUUCCACUGCUGGUGUUGCCUUCGGUUCUACCCACGCCGAAGCAAUUUUUGUUGCAGGUAUUAGUCCAGAGGCCGUGGCUCCUAAAGUUAAAUUGAUUCGCGAGGAGGCUGCUAAGAAAGGUCGUGAUCCAAGUUCAAUAAAGGUAUUCCCCGUGAUCACUCCAAUCAUUGGCCGGACAGAAGACGAGGCCAAAGCGAAGUACAAAGAGGCAUUGGAAUAUGCCAACCACGAGGCGGGUCUUGCGUUCUGGUCUGGAGGUAGUGGCAUUGAUCUGAGCCAAUUUGAUCUGGAUCAGGAGAUCAAGUCAACCGAUGUCCAUGUGGAUGCCCGGGUGCAUACGGCAUUAAGUCAACUUCAGAACACCAGCCCUGAUAUUCCGGCAUGGACACCACGAAAUAUUGGGAAAUGGAUAGCCCUCGGUGGAAACGGACCUAUUCCUGUUGGAACGCCGGAAAAAGUAGCGGAUGUUCUGGAAGAAUGGGUGAAUGUGGCAGACGUGGAUGGUUUCAAUAUCGGAGCAACUAGAUUUGGUAAUUCAUCAAGCCCUUUUAUUCCGGGUAGAUAUCUUGUCGAGUUUGAGGAUAACACCUCCACCUCUUAUUCAUUCUUUUCGACACUUGCCGACAACUCUAUCGCAGCUACACCACUCAUAACUCUGGACUAUUCCUUGUUCAAAGGCGCUUCCUUUAGUCUAGGGAGUGACAUUAAUGAAAAAGCGACUUUACAGACAAUAUUGUCUUUGCCUUCUGUGAAGAGUGUGUAUCCAGUCCGCGCCUACUCAAUCCCAGAAAUAUCUGGUUUCAUACCACGCGAAUCUCGUACACUGUCUGCAACUAUUGAUUCCAAAUUGUCGGACACCACUCCGGACACAUUUAGCCCACAUGUUAUGACCGGGGUAGACAAGCUACGAGCCGAAGGCUUUCUCGGUGAUGGCAUCAAGGUUGCAAUUAUCGACACGGGAAUCGAUUACAACCACCCUGCUCUAGGUGGAUGCUUUGGAAAUGGCUGCAAGGUCGCUUUUGGAACCGAUCUUGUCGGUGAUGACUAUACCGGAACUAAUGCCCCUGUACCCAGCGAUGAUCCCAUGGACUGUGUCGGUCAUGGCACCCAUGUCGCGGGAAUUAUUGCCGCCGAUUCUGUUGCCCCAGAGUUCACGGGAGUUGCUCCAAAUGUGACUCUUGGAAUAUACCGCGUCUUUGGUUGCGCCGGUAGUACCAGCGAUGAUGUUUUGAUUCAGGCAUAUUUGAUGGCUUAUGAGGCUGGAGCCAAUAUAAUCACCGCUUCAGUUGGAGGCAACUCAGGUUGGAGCGAAGAGCCCUGGGCUGUGGUUGUAUCUCGAAUUGUAGAAGCCGGGAUUCCUUGUACAGUCGCUGUUGGUAACGACGGCGGAACCGGUGUUUUUGUUGCAUCUGCUGCGGCUACUGGAAACGGGGUCACUGCAGUAGCAUCCGUGGACAACGUCGUGACGCCGGUCCUGGUGAAGAAUGCCACAUGGUCCGCUAACAACUCAGCGGCUCGGACAUUUGGGUGGAUUCCGUAUAUUCCUGCCGAUAUCGCAAACGGUACCUACUUGCUUUACGAUAUUCUCAACGGCAGUAAUGAUACCUCGCUUCCCUGCAAUAACAACUUCACUCUUCCUGAUAUCACUGGCAAAAUUGCCCUGAUACCCUAUGAUACUUAUUGUACUGACGGCUCUGGUAUGGUCAAGAUAGUUACAGAUGCUAAUGGAUAUGGGAUUGACUCGUUCGGGAUGGUGACUACCGACCUUGCAACGCAAUGGAUCGAGGCCAUGGCUGGAGGAUCUCAAGUAUCAGUCGAUAUGAUAACUCCAGUUUACGAGAACUUUUCGGUAGAAAACACUGUUAAUAAUGUGACUGGUGGAUAUCUCAGCUACUUCAGUAGCUGGGGGCCAACAUUUGAGGUUGAUGUCAAGCCGCAAUUUGCCGCACCUGGCGGUUCUAUUCUGUCCACAUAUCCACUGGCGCUCGGUGGAUAUAUGGUUGAUACUGGUACAUCUAUGGCGACUCCAUUUGUUGCAGGCUCUAUCGCUCUUCUUAUCGAAGCACGUGGGAAUUCCGACCCAGCCACAAUCAAUAAUAUUCUAUCAGCGAGCGCUGACCCCAAAGCAUUCAAUGAUGGCGAGUCUACUUACUCAUACCUUGCCCCGGUUGCACAGCAAGGAGGUGGGCUCUUGAAUGUCUAUAAUGCGGCACAUGCAGUAGGGGUUUUGAACGUCUCCAGCAUAUCUUUCAACGACACAGCAAAUUUCGUGAAAUCUGCGUGGUUCGAAAUCACAAACACCGGCAAUGAAAGUGUUACUUAUGCCAUCAGUUAUUCUUCCAGUGGAACCGUUUACACAUUGCCUUCUGAUGGAGACCCAGUGCCUUCAACAUUUAGCGUUGGGUCUCCACCUGAGAUUGUCACGUCUAGUGCGCAACUGUCUCUGCAUCCCGAUACUGUAACGGUCGGUGCGGGAGACUCUGCUUCUGUAGAGGUAAUAGCGUCUCUCCCAACGGACUUGACCUCAUCUCGUAUACCUGUUUACAGCGGCUAUAUUACUCUAAAUGGGUCCAAUGAUGAGUCACUUUCUCUUCCUUACAUGGGAGUGGCAUCAAGUCUCAAGGACGCCGUGAUAUUCGACAGCGCGGACAAUAUGACCUACUUAUCUCGGUACUUGAAUGUCUCUGCUGUACCGGACGGGUUUGCAUUCACUCUUCCACCUCAAAACAGCACCGACGAAGAGAAAGAGCAGUACGACAUUCCUGUUCCGGUCUCACUUGAUUCAUUUGGCACGAGAGUUCUUCGUGUUGAUUUAGUCCCUGCUCAACCUGAUGGCACAGUGAACACCACUCAAGUUCUUGGGGUGGAUAUAGCCGGUUCGAUUGUGAACUUUCCAGCCUAUGAACAAGGAAGAGGUUCGUGGCAUGUUUUCUGGUACGGUCAACUGAGUGAUGGCACUUUCGCACCCCCCGGAGACUACUAUUUUCUCUUCCGCGCGCUAAAGAUCUUUGGCGAUGAAAGUUCGGCAGAUGAUUACGAGUCUGUCAAAAGUGUGUCGUUCUCUCUUACCUAUGCUUCAUAA